AUGCAGGCUCAGACAUUCAUGUCUAGUGCAUUGAUGAUAACCAGUACUAUUCUAUUGAAAAACCUGCCAUUGAAGUGCACCCAGGGAGUACCUGAUCUACUUUAGCUUGGAGAGUUCAAUGAGGGAGCUUUGCUGCACACUGUAAGACUGAGGCAUAAACAGAGAUAAAUCUUCACAUCAAUUGGCACUCCUAUUCUCUUGUCAGUAAACCCAUUUUAAAAACUGAAGAUAUUCACGACUUUCAUUGCCAGAAAGUAUAGAAAAUUUUCGAAUGCUGUUCGCUCUGGAAAUGAAAGUUCAGUUGAAAAGCCUGAACCUCACUUGUUUAUGGUAGCAGAGGACUCCUAUCAGGAUAUGCUUAAUUACAAUAAGAACCAGAGCAUUAUAAUAUCAGGAGAGAGUGGGGCAGGUAAAACGGAAGCAACCAAAAUAGUCCUAAAAUAUUUAGCUUAAGCUAAUACCAACUUUGUUUCUGAAAAGGAUAUCGAUAUGCUAGAUGUUAAGUCGUAUAUGGCAAAUGAUAAUAGCAUAGAGAAAUAAGUCCUAGAUUCAAAUCCACUCCUUGAAGCAUUUGGUAAUGCGAAGACUUUUAAGAAUAACAAUUCAAGUAGAUUUGGUAAAUUUAUUAGAGUAAAUUUUGAGCCGAGUGGAAAAAUUCAUUCAGCUACAAUAAUCAAUUAUUUGCUAGAAAAAUCUCGUAUUGUAUUCUAGUAAGUCAAUGAAAGAAAUUUCCAUAUUUUCUACUAGAUCUUGACAUCUAGCUAAUUCAAGGAGAAAUAUCAACUGAGGAAUAUGGAAGAUUAUCAUUACAUGAAUUAAUCAAACGUUUAUGAGGUUAUGGGCGUCGAUGAUGCUGAAGAUUUUAAGAUUACAAUUCAGUGCAUGAAGAACAUUGGUUUCACUCAAGUUGAGAUUGAUAGUGUUCUAAACAUAGUCGUUGCAAUACUAUUACUAGGAGAGAUUCAAUUUGAAAAAGUAUCAAAAGCAGGAGUUGGGGAUAUAUCCUAAAUUAGUAAGGCAUCAAUGCAAUACGCUGAGUAAAUUUGCUAGUUGCUAUAAUUAGAUUUACACAAAUUCACAAAAUGCCUAACAAUGAAAAGCUAAUAAAUUGGCAAAGAGGUAAUUGAAAGUAACCUAAUUAACGAUGAAUCCUAUAAUUACAGAGAUUCUAUGGCCAAAACAAUAUAUGGGAAACUUUUCAAUUGGCUUGUAGGCAGAAUUAAUUAAUCUAUAUCAAUGAAGAUGAAUGCAUCUCAUGGGAAAACAUUGAAAUUUAUAGGUAUUUUAGAUAUAUUUGGAUUCGAAAUAUUUGAGUAGAAUUCCUUCGAAUAACUUUGCAUUAAUUACGCUAAUGAAAAAUUGCAACAGCAUUUUAAUCAUCACAUGUUUAAUCUUGAAUAAGAAGAAUAUAAAAGUGAGAAUAUCUAGUGGAGUUAAAUUAAAUUCGUUGACAAUUAACUGUGCAUUGAUUUGAUAGAAAGUUAAAGAGUUAAUCUUCCAAGUAUUUUUAAACUCCUAGAUGAGGAGGGUAUGAUCAAGGGUACUGAUGCAAAACUUUUGAAAAAGUUCAAUGACAUCCUCUCAAGCAACAAAGCAUUUAAAAGACCAAAUAGAUUCAAUUCAACCUAGUUUAUAGUUUGUCACUAUGCUGGAGAAGUUGAGUAUGAAAUAAAUACUUUUAUUGAGAAAAAUAAAGAUGCUCUUAGUGACUUAAUUAAUGAUACUCUUGCUAUUUCAAAAUAAGAAUUGCUUAAAGGGCUGUUCUUUAAGGAAGUAGUCCAAUAAUAAUAAAACCAAUAAAAGCAAGCAUUCGGCUAAAUAAAACCAGCUUAAGGCAGUGGCCUGAAAGGAAAUUCUCUUUCCAACCAAUUUAGAAGCUAAUUAGAUGAAUUAAUGUAAAUUCUGAAGGAAUCAUCGCCUAGGUAUAUAAGAUGUAUAAAACCAAACAGCAAUUUUUCUCCAACCAUUUUUGAUUCCAUAGAUGUUUGCAAGCAGUUAAGAUGUGCUGGAAUGCUUGAGGCAAUCAGAAUUAGAAAAGCUGGAUAUGCAAUAAGAAUAACCUAAGAAGAUUUUGCAAAGAGAUAUAGAGCAAUUCUGGGCAAGAGAAAACUAAAGCAAUUACAAGAAUCUACUGGUGCUUCUAAUCUGAAUAAAAAGAUCUGUGAAGAAAUAUUCAAAUAAGUUUAGUCCUAUCAAGCUUACAAGAAAAUACUAGAUCCUGUUGCCAAAAGAUGGCAAGUAGGAGUUACUAAAAUUUUUAUGAAAGAGGAUGUCAGAACUGCACUUGACUCUUCUAUGGGUAUUGCAGUAUUAGACCAGGCUAAAUAAAUUCAAAAACUUUAUAGGGGAUUUAAAGCAAGAAAGCUAUUUAGAGUAAUGAAAAAAGCUGAUAAGCUGAUCAAGUAGCAUAUAAGAAGUUUCUAUUUAAGAAGAAAGUUUAGAAAAGUAGUGAAUAAAUUCAUUCAGGUCAUGAAGAUUAAGAUAAUCAAAAUUCAAAGGUCUAUUAAGAAGAUAACUCGUAAAAAGAAAAUAAUGAUUGAGAUUAAUAAAAGGAUAUAGAAAAAGAAAGAAGAAGCUGAAAGGUAGAGAAGACUCAGAGAGGAAAGAGAGAGAUAAGAAAGAUUGCUCAGAGAGUAAGUUGAGAGGAAAAGAAUAUAAGAAGAAUAAUUAAAAAUCGUUAACGAUCAAAGCUAGUCUAUUGAUAGCGAGCAAAAGGUAUAUAACAGACCACCUGUUAGCUAAAAAGGUUCCUCGUCAUAACUAAAUGAAUAAGUUAGAUUUUAGAGAGAUUUAGAUAGACUUUAGAACUAUUCCGAUCAGGAUUCUGACAAGCUAAGCUAUAAUACCUUAAAAGAGAGCCUUCAACUUAAAAUUGAGGAAAAUAUCACCUAAUAAAAUGAAAUUCAAUAGCUUAAAAGAGAAGUGGAAGAAAAAGAUAGAAAGAUCAAAGAGCUAAAUAUUAGGCUUGAAAUUUAGAGAAAGUAAGCAAAUAACAAGACUAAUAAGGAGCUAGAAAGUCUGCUUAACAACUAGGAUUUAUCAUUUGCAACAACUAUGGAUGAGAAAACUAUGAAUUUUUCAAAAAGGAAUAGUAGAGGUUCAUUGAGAGGAUCUUAGUUUGGAAUCACUGGAGUUAUACACCAGAACGAUCACCAUUCUAAUGAGUUAAUUGAGUAAAAAGAUGAAGAAAUAGCUAAAAUCAAGAAUUAACUUGACAUCAUUAUGAUGGAAUUGUCAUAGAAAGAUGGCAUAAUUGAGUAACUUAAAGAAGAGAAUGAAAGUUUACAUGAGAAAAACAAGAAAUGGAUCUCUAAGCUAGAUCAAGAAAUCGAGAAGGGCUCAGAGAGUGUUUAGUUACUAACUAAAUAAAUAAAAGAUCUUCAAGAAAAGAACUACAAACUUGAGUUCGAAUAGAAAUAGAGAUAGAUGGACUUGGAGAAGAGAGCUUUUAAGGAUUAAACUGAGGAAAUUAAGAAAUUAGAGAAUCUGCUUAGAGAGAAAUCAGAGCAAUUCGAUGAUCUUGAAUUAGCUCAUUUUACCCUUGACCAGAAGUAUUAGUCAGAAGUAGCGAAGUUCUAAUCCGAUUAUGAUAAUUUAAAGAGAAAAUAUAGAGAAUUAGAACAAGUCCAUCAAGACUACAAGAUUGAAUAUGAGAGAAUGGAGGAGAAGUUUAUAGAAAGAGAUGAAUUAGUAAAAAGGUACGAGGAGGAGAACUCUUCUCUUGCUGAGACAAUGAAGAUUCUACAGAGUUAGCUUGAUGAGUAUGGAGAUCAUAAUAGCAAUAUGAUGGGCACACUGCAUCAUGAGAGAUUGAAUUAAAAUUAGAAUUCAAGUAAAAUCAAAGAACUAGAGAGAUUGAUUGAGAAAAAUGCAUCCAGCGACAAAUUAAAGCAAGCUGAGAUUGAGAGACUUAAGGACUAACUAGAUAAAAUGAAGAAAAAGCUCAAGGAAUCAGAAGAUAUGCUAGAUGAGCUCGUCGAUAAGAAUCAAGCCCUUAAAAAGGAAAAGGUAACACUGGAAAAUCAGCUUUUGUUUGGGAAUGGAAAUAAUGCUGAGAGAUAAGACUUUGAAAGGGAAAAGCUGAAGGAAAGAAUUGACCAAUUAUAUGCAAAAAUUGGCAAAAAGAAGUCAAAAAUCUAGAGAAUGGGCAAGGAGAAUGAGUUCUAUCAUCAAACUGUGACUAUUUUCCUAACUAUCAAGAAAAUCAUAGAGCAAGAAAAGAAGUACUGCUACAUGCUUGCCACAGAGAGUGAUAUUCUUAAGAAGAGACAGUUGAUGGAGGGGAUUACAUAAUGUGGAGAUAAAGCAUAAUAACUAGAUGAUAAACUUAAGAGAAUCUUGAGACAGGUGAAAUAAUAGCAAUAAUGA